AUGGAGAACGACGAUCAAGAAUCAAUCAAUUUAAUUAUUUUCGCAGGAUUUGAAACCUAUCAACCGCUUGGGAAACUACAUCUGUCUCCAAACUCCGGUAAGAAGACUUAUUUACCGGAGGUAGAUGAAUCGCUUAAACCGAAGGAUAAGAUGACCUUUGAUACGGUGAACAACGCAUUCCUCUUUUAUCAGAAGUAUGCAAUGGCUUCAGGCUUCACUGCCAGGAAGUCUUCUCAAUACACGCAUCAUGGUGUUAUAAAAUCUAAAUGGUUCGUUUGCUCAAAGGAGGGGACUAAACCUUUGAAGGCGAUCGAUACAUCUAAAAAGAUUGACACCUCAAAUAAUGGGUCAAAGAGGAAAUCUGUUCGCCGUGUUCCUUCUAUAAGGACGGGGUGCGAAGCACGUAUGUGUGUAAAGUUAAUGCCUUCGAAUCUAUACGAGGUAUAUUCUUUCAAUGAGGCACAUAAUCACUUUUUUGUUGCUGAGGGAGAUAGGCAUUUACUCCCCGCUAACCGAGGUAUGAACUAUAUGCAAGAGCAAGCCGUUAACGCGUUGAGUGCCUUGAACAUUGGACCUGUCAAAGCGUUUAAUAUCAUGAGGACAUUGUAUGGUGGGUUUGACAAGGUUGGGGCAACCAAAAACGAUUUUAAAAAUUUCAAGCGAGACCUGAAUAAGUAUAUAUCUGAGUUUGACGCUGAUAUGAUGAUUAAACGGCUUAUGAGGAAGAAAGAAUACAUGCCAAACUUUUCAAUGGAGUAUAUAACAGACGAAGGUGGGGUUUUAAGGGGUUUGUUUUGGGCAGAUGAAGAUGCCAAAAGGAAUUUUUCGGUGUUUGGUGACGUUGUUUCAUUUGAUGCCACAUAUCGUCGUAACAAGUACAACAUGAUGUUUGUUCCAUUUACCGGUAUCGACAAUCACAAUCGCAACGUUACUCUUGGUGCCGCUAUAAUAGGAAACGAAACUGCUGAAACUUACAGUUGGUUGCUAAAUGUGUUUCGUCAAGCAUUUGGCCGUGCCCCUCCGGUGAUUGUCAACGACCAAGACCCAGCCAUGAAGAAGGCUAUUGAAGAUACAUGGCCUGAGAGUAGACAUCGGCUAUGCAUGUGGCACAUCAUGGACAAGCUUUCUGCUAAGGUUGGUGCUACAAUCUGCAAUAAUACAGAUUUCAAAAAGAGGCUGUGUGCCAUUGUGUGGACUGAUUCAAUUCUACCUGCUAAGUUUGAAAGUGAGUGGGAUACCAUAAAGAACGAUUUUAACUUGGUUGAUCAUGAGUGGCUGCAGUCACUUUAUCAAAUCAGGGAUACUUGGAUACCGGCUUAUUAUCGUGAGGAGGUCAUGUCCGGGCUUAUGCGUACCUCUUCUCGUUCAGAGAGUGAGAACCAUUUCUUUGGACAGUUCUGUAACCCGGGUUGCACACUUGUCGAAUUUCUCGGGUAUUUUGAUUCUGCUAUUGAAGCUCAGAGACAUGAGCACAGGAAGAAUGACCAUGACACCAGAAAUACCAACGCUGAAAUAUGGGCUGAAGACUUUGUUUUGGAGGAUCAAGCUUCCAGGAUAUUCACACGCACUAUAUUUUUGACCAGCAGUUGGAGAUACAAAAUGGUUAUGAUGCGGGAGGACGACAUGACUGUGUAUUGUACAUGCAAAAGAUUCGAACAGUUUGGGUUGUUGUGCUCGCACAUCUUUUGUGUGCUAAGGAUGCUUGACAUUAGGGAGUUUCCCCAACGCUAUAUAUUACGACGUUGGACACGGGAGGCUAUUCCAAAUAGUGCCCCUGGUGCUAUUCUAGGUAUCAAUGAGACCGAGGAUCGUUAUAAUGAAGUUAACCGUGUUGUACGUGAGAUCACAUAUUCUACAGAGUCCGUUAUUAACAAGCUUGUCACCAACUUUGAUGCGCUAUGCUCGUUCAGGGAUCAUGUUGUUAAUUAUUUCAAAACUGCGGAUGAGUUGGUCGUCAAUGCUCCACCUAAGAGCCGUCGUGAAAGGUUUGCCGAAAUUACUGGUAACACAAAACCAUCUGAUGCAAUUGUUCGUGUUCCCAUUGGAACAAGAUUCAAAGGUAUGGGUAAACCUAAACGGAUGAAGUCCAAAUGUGAAAUUGCAUUAAGUUAG